AUGACAUCAUAUUGUUUAUUUAGUUACAUUUUUUGGUUUGGAGAUUUAAAUUAUCGGCUUCGUUCUGACCCUCUUGGCAUCUUGGGUAUUUCUGAAAUCAAAAGGGCGUGCCAGCUUAUUGGCCUAAUCUUCCAGGAGUUUUCUGAGGGCGCGAUAAACUUUCUACCUACUUACAAAUACGACACCGGUACGGACUACUGGGAUACCAGUGACAAGUGCCGAGCUCCCGCAUGGUGUGAUCGAAUUCUUUACAUGGGCGAUAAUAUUCGACAGCUGGAGUACAAAAGUAUUCCGAGUAUUCGUCUCAGCGAUCAUAAACCUACUGUCGACAAACAGAAGUACCAGAAGGUAUAUGAAGCAGCGUUACGUGAGUCUGAUCGGAUCGAGAACGAAUGGCUGCCGCAAGUUUCCCUCGACAAACUUGAGGUUAGCGCGUAUUCUUCUAUUUCAUACUUAACCAUACACAACAUUGGCAAGGUUCGUUUUGCAACUAUUAUUUUAUUUGGUAAUAUACUAAGCGAAAAAUGCGUACUUGACAUACAGGUUCUUUUGGAGAAGGAAAUUGUUCUUCAUCUGAAUGGCGGGAAAGAUUUCUUUCUUUCUAUUCAUGCCACUUACGUGCAAAGUUGUUUUGGAUUGUCCCUUUUUGCACUUUCAGCUCUUACCGGUCCUAUCAGAGGUGUCAAAACCGAGAAGCUGAUCGAUCUGGUACUAUUUAGUUUGUUUUAUGUAGUACAUAUCAGUUUGGUUUAUGGACAGAAAUGCAACGGUUAA